AUGCUUCGUAUUCUACACAGAACGCUGGCUCAGGCAGCCCCCAAAUACGAUUAUACCGACAGCACUGGCGCACGGUUCUUGAGGAAGAGAGAAGCCGACGAGGAAAACGAUCUGACCGCCGAAGAGAGAAACUUUGCCAAGAAUUUGUACUCGAAGAUCGUCAAGAAGAACGCGCUGAAAUUGUUCACGAAAACUAACGACCAACUGGCUGCGAAAAAGUAUAGCCCGAGCCACCUUUUCGAUGCGCUGAAAACGCUGAGGAAGUCGGGUGUCCCGGAAGAAAAACUCGUGGGGCUCCUUGGUAAGGCGGAUGAUUGGUCGGAUCACUGGUACCGGACGGCUGGACAUUUGGAUCCUGUCAGGAACUAA